AUGCAAAGUCUCCAUUUACGGCUGGAGGCCACGCAGGCGCUCAGACAGCAAUUGAGAGACGACGCUCGGGAGACAGACGUUUCUCUUAUCGCCUGUAUGAUAUUACUCGCCCAGCUUGAUCUUUGUUCUGGGGAUUGCCUGGAAUUUGGCACCCAUUUGAAAGCAGCAAGUGAUAUCGUGAAGCAACACGGUUCUGAUGGAACUGAUCGAGGCUUUUUUCAACAACGUCUUGCAUGGUUGGAUAUCAUGGGUGCCACAACAUCAUCUCGAAUGCCGCACCUGAAGCCCGAACAUGUCCAAGCCGCCUUGAACAAAUUCAAGACACCAGCGGGUCGCAAAUGGGGAUUCGACGUUUUUGACUGCCCUAUCGAUUUAUUUGAAUACAUCGCAGAUAUUACUGUGCUGCACAAGCUGCAUAUCUCUUCACGAAUCCCAUCCGAUGUAGCUUUGCAGAAAGCUGUUGUCCUUGGUAAUGCUGUAAGGACAUGGAAUGAAUCUGGUAUCCUGUCAGAUCAACGACAAGAUAUGGUUGAGAUCUGGAGAUACGGGAUCUUACUCUACCUGAUCCGUUUGUUCCAACUAUCAGACGAGAUAUUCGAUACUUCGGGUUUACUGGACAAUGUCUUUUGGAGGGCUGAAAAACUAUCUUCAGGGAUAAAUCGGAAGUUCUCGACAUCAUGGCCCUUGUUUCAAGCAGGUUUAUGCCUACAUCAGGAUUCUCAUGAAAGGAGGCAAUGGCUACGAAAGGAAUUCAMAAGCCAGUUCAAGACGCUUGGAUGUUGGAAUCCAAAGCUUGCAAUUGAUGUGUUAGAUCAGUUUUGGCAAACCGGCGACAAGCAAGAUCUUGAAAAGCAGACGCUUCUGUUCUAG